UUUCGCGUCGUGGGUUCAAUAAAUCGGGCACGGUGGUGUUAGUAUUGGGUAGCGGUUUGUGUGGCGGGCGAUGGCGCUGGGCUGGGACUGCUGGGAGUGAAGGUGGCGGGCAGUGGGAGGCUCAGGCAUGCGGCGGCAUGGCGGGAGAGGCUGCGGGCACGUCGCGCGGCCUCCGCGUCUACAAGAUCGUGGUGCUGGGCGACGGCGGAGUCGGAAAGUCCGCAGUCACUCUGCAGUUUGUCAGUCACAGCUUCCUGGAUUACCAUGACCCUACUAUAGAGGACUCAUACCAGCAGCAGGCUGUGAUUGAUGGAGAGCCGGCCCUAUUGGAUAUACUGGAUACAGCUGGUCAAGUGGAGUUCACGGCGAUGAGGGAACAAUACAUGCGUUGCGGCGAAGGAUUCGUGCUCUGUUACUCAGUAACAGACCGGCGGUCGUUCCGCGCCGCGGCCGAAUAUCGUCGUCUGCUCGCACAGGCGAGACCUUCCGAGCGAUUGCCGCUAGUCCUCGUGGGGAACAAGCUCGAUCUCGCGCCACGGUUCAGACAAGUAAGCACAGAGGAAGGAAAAGCUCUCGCGACGCAGCUUGGAUGCCCGUUUUUCGAGACGUCAGCAGCGCUACGGCAUUUUGUCGAUGACGCCUUUCAUGCACUCGUCAGAGAGAUACGUCGGUUAGAAAGACAGAGACAGUCGUCGCUAAUGGGAGCGGGUACGUCUGGCGGCGGUGGCGGUGGACGGCGACGCUGGCGACGCUUACGAAGCAUCUUCGCGCUUGUGUUCCGGCGCCGGAGAAGGCACCACACUUCACCAUAGCCCACACACCCAGCGCAGUAACGCUUCACAAUGUUCACACGUGGAAUCGUCGAGUAAGUCCAAUGUUGCCAACAUGACAAUGUAUCUAUUUUUAUAUUUUGACACGUUUAGAG